AUGCCUCCCAAGAAGACCACCACUGCCGCUAAGGAGAACGUCUCUCUCGGUCCUCUGGCCGGAGAUGGCAAGCUCGUUUUUGGUGUUGCCCGUAUCUUCGCCUCUUUCAACGAUACCUUCGUCCACGUUACCGAUCUGAGUGGUCGCGAAACCAUCUGCCGUGUCACCGGUGGUAUGAAGGUCAAGGCUGACCGUGACGAGUCUUCUCCCUACGCUGCCAUGUUGGCUGCUCAGGACGUCGCUGCCCGCUGCAAGGAGCUCGGCAUCAACGCUCUCCACAUCAAGAUCCGUGCCACUGGUGGUAACGGUACCAAGACCCCCGGUCCCGGUGCCCAGUCCGCUCUCCGUGCCCUUGCUCGUUCUGGCAUGAGAAUUGGCAGAAUCGAGGACGUGACCCCCACUCCUUCCGACUCUACUCGUCGCAAGGGUGGUCGCCGUGGUCGUCGUCUGUAG